GGAAGACCAGCUGGUAUAAAAAGCCAAGCCCGGAUCAGACGCAACCAGUCCCAGAUCUGGCCAGCAACCCGCAGCAUCAGCAGUACCAGCAGCAACCGCGUGUUCAUCUACGGACCCCGGACAAACAAGCAGAUUCGAGAGCACACCAUGAGCCCGCCUGGCGCACCGCAGCAGGGUGGAUGCCCAUUUGCGCAUCGCAAGGAUGGACUGGAUCUCUCUGCAGUCAUAAAUGAAGUUGUCAACAACAAGGAUUCGUUUGAUGUCAAGACCGAGCUUCUUCGUCCUGACAAAGUCAACAGCUGCACAUGGUCUCUUGGAGCAGAUCCCUCCACCUCACCUCAUCCAAAAUGGGAAAAACCUAUUUGUCAAGAGAAAAUACUCCCAAAUAUACUGAGUACAAUUGGCAACACACCUCUAGUUCGAUUGAACAAAAUCCCUCAGGCAUAUGGACUAAAAUGUGAAGUUGUUGCUAAAAUAGAAUUCCUAAACCCUGGUGGAAGUAUAAAGGACCGCAUUGCUUUGCGCAUGAUAGAAGAUGCAGAGAGGCAAGGUAUUUUGAAGCCAGGAGGUGUUAUCAUUGAAGCAACAUCUGGAAAUACAGGAGUUGGUCUAGCCAUGGUUGCAGCAGUUAAGGGAUACAAGUGUAUAAUGGUAAUUCAGGACAAAAUAUCAAUGGACAAAAUCCGCACAAUCAUAGCUUUUGGAGCUGAGGUUGUUCGGGUCCCCACAAUGGUUUCAUUUGAUUCCGCUGAGGGUAUAAUGGGAGUUUCCCAGCGCCUUCAUAAAUUAAUUCCUAACUCAUUACUCAUUAACCAGUUCAUGAAUCCAUCAAACCCAUUGUGUCAAUACGAAACAACUGGUCAGGAAAUUGUUGAUGGUUGUGAUGGCAAAGUGGACAUGGUGGUGAUGGGAGCAGGUACAGGUGGCACUGCAACUGGAGUCAGCCGAAAAAUUAAAGAGCUUUGUCCAAAUGCUAAAAUUAUUGGCGCUGACCCUCUGGGCUCUGGCAUGGCAUUACCGUCAUCUUUAAAUAAAAUUGGCGUGCCAAUUAGUAUGGAAGGUGUAGGCUAUGAAUUCAUACCAACAACUCUUGACCGUGCACACAUUGAUGAGUGGGUAAAAGUUAGUGACACAGAGUCAUUGAAUAUGGCCAGAAGGCUAAUCAGGGAAGAAGGCCUGGCCUGUGGAGGAAGCAGUGGACUCAUGGUUGCUGCGGCAAUCAAAGCAGCAGCUCAUCUGAAGGAAGGUCAGCGCUGUGUGGUGCUAAUACCAGACACUAUUCGAAACUAUUUGACCAACUUCACAAAUGAUAGCUGGAUGGAGGCAAGAGGAUACAUGGAGUCGCCCUUGACCAAAAAUCUGUGGUGGAGCUCAAAAACCGUAUCAGAUUUAAAUUUAAAAGCACCAAUCACCAUCAACUCAUCUGUCACUUUCCAAAAGGCACUUGAUAUGAUGAACCAACAUGGAGUACAACAGUUGGCAGUUGUCAGCAAAUCAGGAGUCUUGGAGGGAACGCUCGGCAUGUCAGACAUUAUGUCUUCAAUUUCAAAAGGGACUGUAAAACUGUCAGAUAUUGUUGAAAAUUGUAUCAAUAGACAGUCUCAAACAGUGUUAAGUAACCUUUCUCUGGACAAGGUCUCUAAGUUUUUGGACCUGGCGCAGUAUGUUACUGUAGUUAGUUCAAAAGACGUUUACACGAGAACUGUUGUUGGGAUUGUAACGCCAGCCGACUUGCUGCACUUCAUUAGUAUGGGUGAGAAACAAAAAGAAAGAAUUAAUAAAUAUCUUAACUUUAUUGCCAUGUCUGGUGUCUUCGAUAAAGUGGUCACCAACAAAGGGACCAUCGACAUGAAGACAGAGUUUGUUCGACCCGACAAAGUCAGCGGAUGCAAAUGGCAUCUUGGGGUGGAUCCUGGAAGCUCACCUCACACCCAGCAGAAACCAACCCCACGGCCGAAGAUACUGCCCAAUAUUCUAACAGCAAUUGGUCAAACUCCCUUAGUGCGACUUAAUAAUAUUCCCAAAUCAUGUGGUGUUCGCUGUGAAAUGCUUGCUAAAUGUGAGUUUCUGAAUCCUGGAGGCAGUGUGAAAGAUCGUAUUGCUCACCGCAUGGUUGCCGAUGCUGAAGAGCAAGGUCUUCUGAAGCCUGGAGAUGUAAUCAUUGAACCUACCUCUGGCAACACAGGUGUUGGCCUAGCCAUGGCAGCAGCAUGCAAAGGUUACCGUUGCAUCAUUGUAAUGCCUGAAAAAAUGUCAAAUGAGAAGGUUAAUACACUCAAAGCUCUUGGAGCUGAGGUUCUUCGGACUCCAACAGCAGCCGCAUUUGAUUCUCCAGAGGGCUUGAUUGCUGUGGCUCAGCGUCUCCGUAAGGAAAUCCCAAAUUCUAUUAUUUUAGAUCAGUAUCGCAAUCCUGGCAACCCUUUGGCUCAUUAUGACAUGACUGGUCAAGAAAUUAUUGAUGCUUGUGAUGGGAAAGUGGAUAUGGUUGUAAUGAGUGCUGGAACUGGUGGCACUAUAACAGGAGUUGCUAGAAAAAUUAAGGAGCUCUGCCCAAAUGUUCAAAUAAUUGGUGUUGAUCCUUUGGGCUCCAUUCUUGCUCAGCCAGCAGAAUUGAAUAAAACUGAUGUUUCUUUCUAUGAAGUGGAAGGCAUUGGUUAUGAUUUUAUCCCUACAGUGUGUGAUCAGUCUGUUGUUGACAGCUGGAGGAAGUCAAACGACAAAGAAUCUUUAGUUAUGGCUCGAAGACUCAUUAGUGAGGAAGGUUUUCUCUGUGGUGGCAGCAGUGGAGCUGUCAUGUCAGAAGCUUUGAAAGCAGCUGUAUCUCUUCGUGAAGGACAACGUUGUGUUGUCCUUCUUCCAGAUAACAUUCGCAAUUACCUUACCAAAUUUGUUAGUGAUCAGUGGAUGGAAGCUAGAGGGUUCAAAGAGGCUCUUCCCUCGAGUAAUCAAUGGUGGUGGUCUGAGAAAGUCUCAGCGCUGAGAUUGGAAGCUCCCCUGACUGUGCACCCUUCAAUCUCUUGUCAAGAGGUCAUUGACAUAAUGAAGCGGGAGGGUUUUGAUCAGUUGCCUGUUAUUGAUGACUCAGGGUAA